AUGGGAAGUAGAUCGAGAAGAAGAGUAGUGCAGUUCGCGAACCUACCGAUAAAGCUUCUAAUGCCCAACAGCUUCACCAACAUCCGCGAAAUCGCCCUCAAGACCAUCCCUUCCGCCACCAAGAUCGAGAUCAAGCGCGUCCUCGAGUCCCUCUACGGCUUCGAGGUCGAAAAGGUUCGAACCCUAAACAUGGACGGAAAAAAGAAGAAGCGCGGUGGCUUGUUGAUCGCCAAACCCGAUUACAAGAAGGCCUACGUCACCCUCAAGAGCCCGCUCUCAAUCUCCACGAAUCUCUACCCGAUCCGAAUCAUUGAAGAUGACAAGAUGAGGAUGAGCAAGCAAACCAAGUCCAGCGUCGUCGAAGAAGAGGCCCACGCCACCACUCACUGGCUCGAUCAUAAGAAGGAGGCCCAACAACCCUUCGGGGCCCGCAACAACCGUCCACGUUUGGGCCACCCCGAGGCUGCUGCUAUCGCUAAGUUUCCCUGGUCCAGCAUGAGGUUUGCUAGUGGUUCCACAAUUGGGUCAAAUUCACAAUCCUCUAAACAUACACUCAAAUUAUAA